AUGGCCCCACAACAACCUGGAUCCACCGACUCCACCCCUACCAAGGGCCGCUUCUACGGAGACCUCGAAGAGGAGGGUAUGCCUGGUGUAGACAUGUCCCGCAACAUUAGCAAUCAACAGCCCAUGACCCGUCAGCCAACAAAGCUCACCAAGAAGAAGAGCAAGAAGAUGUCCGCUUAUCAAUCUCUCAAGAAAGACGACAGCGGCGAUGAGGGCUAUCUGACGAGCCGCUCAGCGGCAAUGUCGGAGGGUGAUCGCAAGGGACGUGUCGUCAGUAACUCCGGUGCAGACACAGCCCGAGCCGGUAUUGGCGCUAGUGUUGGUGCCUCCUUAUCUUCCUAUGGUAGCUAUAUCGCCGGCCUGGGCGUUGGUCGUCGUCGCGACGUGAGUGGUAAAAUUGCCGAGGAGGGACGUGGCAGCCAGCCCAUCGAGGAGACUCCAAGUCCGAAUCAGCAACAGAGCCAAGGAGCCUCACCGACCCGGGCUGCCGGAUGGGCGAGAUUUGCCGGACUAUGA